AUGCCUCCGAAAAAAAGAAGUACGGAAAAUGCAAAUUCUGAGUCUGAAGUGUUGUUGCAUGGUUCAGAAGGACCGUCUAGUGAGAAUGAACCGAAAGUAACACACAAACGAGCAACUCCGAGGCAAGGUCAUGCAGCAAUAGUUCUGGCAAUUGAUGUUGGCUCAACGUCUUCUAUUAAGUCAGUCCCCGAUGAAACGGAAUCUGACUUGCAAAGAUCGCUUCAAAUUGCUGAUUGGAUUAUUUCUCGUAAGCUCUUCACCGAUUCUAAAGAUCAGUUUUCCUUGGUGUUUUUUGGACACGAAUGCACAACUGAUGAUAACUACUCAAAUGUUUACGUACAUAAUCCUGAAUUUGAGCGUGCUCGCGUUGAAUGGCUACAUGUAUUCAAAAACGAGGUUCAAACAAAUCCGAAAUGCCCAGGCGAUUAUUUGGCUGCACUUUUUGCUUCAUUGGAACAAUUGAAAAUUCAUGGUGAGGUUGGUAAGGAUGGAAUGACUGAAGCAACAGUUACAUUAAUUAGUAACUUUGGGGGAUUAAAUGAAGAUGAUCAGGUUUUUGAAGUCUUAGAUUCAGUUGUAGAGGCAUUCAAUACAGUUGGAGCUAAAUUGCUUAUCAUUGGUCCCGACUUAAAUAGCUCUCCAAUAUCUAAAUCCCAACAGCUCGGGAUUGAAUUUGUUCGUAGUUUGCUUCCGAAGAUGGAUGUUCUUUCUUACAAUUUUCAGGAAAGUCUAUCCAAACUGAAAUUUUUCAUUCCAAAAUCGCUUACACCAAGAGGGCAGCCUUUCAAUCUUGAAUUGGGAAAAGAUUUUUCAGUUCGUGUACAAUUGUACGUUAAAAAUCAAGAGGUUGUAUUACAAGAACGUUUUGAUCCUGUUUCCUUCUCUUCUACUUCUACUGCUGAUAGACUUGAACAGCCUCAAAUAUUAAAAAAGAUUAGACGUUAUGAAACGUUAGCUGAUCAUGAAACAAGCAUUCCAUUAGCAGCUAUUGAUUCUACUCCCGAUAUUUCCUUUACCAGUACAAGCACUAUAAAUAAAGCUUUGAGUAGUAUGCCUUCUGGCAAAUUGGUGCAAAAAGAGGAUAUUGUUCGAGGUUAUCGUUAUGGCUCUACAAUUGUUACUUUUGACAAAGCAAUACAGAUGAUGUCUGAUGUUCCACGUGAAGGCAAGCAACUUCAGCUCAUUCAAUUUGCUAGAAAAGAAAAUAUUCUUCCUCAAUUUCUUGUUAGUAGUCCACGAUAUAUUCUUCCCCAUAAAGAUGGAAAAGGGGGUGUAGCUACACGAGAAGCUGAUCUAAAAUCGUUUAAUACACUUUCUGCAAUUGUAAAUGCAAUGUUAAAAAAGGGAGUUGUUGCUUUAUGCCGUUAUGCAUACAAUGUUGCGUCUAAUCCGCGUCUAUCCUGUCUUAUUCCAAAAAUCACAAAAAAGGAAAACUAUCCGGUGAGAAUUGUCACAAUUUUAAUUUUUAUUCUAUUAAGGUUCUUAUCCAUUAUCUAA